UAAAAGUGAUUGACCUGUCUGAUCGUCCAUAGUUCAUGAUUGUCUCGGUACUUGUCAGUCGGAUACGAACAAUGGCGUGUUUCAAUAACUUUGUCACCGUUUUGGUUCUAUGUGCAUUCUUGGCCGUUGCACUGGGCCAAGUCUCCCAAGGCGGAGGUAAUAGCCCCCAGGGCGGUCCUCAUCAAAACCAAGGAAGGAUCCGGAGACAAGUUGACCAAGGCGGACCGCAAGUCGACCAAGGCGAACCGCAGGCCGAUCAAAACGAAGCCAACCAAGAUCAAACAGGAAACCAAAAAACGGAUGAAGAUGAUGAUGACCACAUAGACGAUGGCUUACCCGUGUGGACUUCCUGUGACUUCGGUGUCGACCCCAGGCUGUCUUGUGCCGACUGCCAUACCCGGGUGAUCUGCAAGCCCGUUGGUGGACUCAUCAAGAUCUGCCGGAACCCAUUCAGACCAUAUUGCAAUUAUGGUCUCUGCUCCGCAACCCCCAGUGCCGAAUGCGCGUAAAUUUCAGUUGGACACUAUUAUUCGAAAAUAAUUUUGAAAUCUUAAAUAAUCUCGGAUACUAAAUUCAAAUUCAUUUAAUUAAUGAUUGAACUGAAUAAUAGGUAAUUAUUAUUUUAAACAAGUUGCAUACUAGGAAAUAUUAUUAUAGAUGUUGAUGUUAUUGUUUCUGGUGUUAAAUAAAAUAUGUCUAAAAUACUA